AUGAGCAACAAUACUAAUCACAGAAAAUUUGAUCCAAAUUACGCGCUCAUCAAGGAUAUGGUUUCUGAUCCAUAUUAUCCAAACGUUCAAGUUGAUAAAGUAAAAACUAUCAUUGAAACAUUUAUUAAAUUUCUCGAAGAAGGCAUCACAGAUCUCGAUGCAAUCCAAGAUAAGCUUGAUCAAUUAUGCCAUUCAAUAAAUGAUCUGAUGGAUGAAUUUUAUGAAAAUGAUAGUGAAAUUGAAACAAUUGCACGAGAAUCUAUUGCCUCAACAAUAGAUUAUAUUUUAGAAUGGUUUAAUAUUAAUAUUGAUCUUGAAACUGCUUUAGCAGAAAGGUGA